CGGGCGAUGCUGCUCCAGUCUCCAGGCGUCUGCGCGGCAGGCGACUUUUGCAGGCGCCGUCCCAGUCGCCGCGCCCUGUGCUGAUUUACGUCAACGCCUUCCAAAUCCGGGACGUUGCCUUUUGUAGUCAUCGCCCGCCGGCGACAUGGUCAGCGCCUGGUUGCGCGACGACGAGUUCCGCUGCGGAGACGCCGGAGACGCGCUCACAUCGACGGAAUCCGUUCGCGUUAGCACAGGCAGAGCACAGGCGCAUGGACUGCUCUCCCAGCCAUGUCCGCCGCAGAGCUCACCGUCAACGAUGACCACCCGCUAGCCCUAGAGCUUGCGAGCCUCCGCUCUGCAGUAGACCGCUAUCAGCACGAAGCCCACGCUGCAUCCGUCAAGCUCCAGAGACACUCCCUUGACACUACGCAUGCGAUUGAACGCGCGUAUGCACUCGAGAGCGAGAACGCGAAGCUCCGGGAAGAGCUCGCCACCCUGAAGGCACAUCCGGAUACCGCUCCGCAUCCGGCGUCCCUCCAAGUGCAAGAGCUCACCAUAGCGCACCGACGGCUCUCGGACAAGCUUACGGCGACAGAGGAGGCUCUCCUAGCUCGCACCACCGAACUCGCGAAUGCUCAGAGUGACUUCACCAAGAUUCAGGACUCCAUUGACGCCGCGCAUGAGCUCGCAGCACAGAGACAGGGCCAGGUGCAAGUUGCUCAGGCAAAGCAGAGGGAGUUGGAACGCAAGCUACGAGCGGCCGAGGAGGAGCGCAAACUCUCCGAUCUGGUGGUGCAAGAGUACGCAGACCUGGUCCGGACGCUCGAAGGCAGGUCCAGAACACAGGCCGCUUCAGCCUCGACGGCAUCGUUCCCCCUUGGCAGCACAGGCAAGAACUCCAGCGCAACGCUAGUCGAUAGCCUGUCAGAAGGGAAGUCCGGCCUGCAGAAGCUACUACGCGAACUCAAUGGCGAGCAUGAACAGCUGGGUGCGGAAAUUACUCGUCUUCAUGGAGAUUUUACCAGUCUGGCGGGCGAGCUGGAAGUUGAACGUAAACGCGGUCUCGACGACCGUGCUCGGCUGGCUCAGUGUCUCGCCGACAUGGAGCGUUACAAAAUCGACGACAACACGGCUGCGAAGAUGGUCUCUCGUUACAUGAAGUUCUCUCAAUCAGCAACUGACUCGCUCCAAAAAUCCAUGGAGGGCAUGAAGGCACGGUACACAGCCAGCACCGCCACACUCGGCGCGCAGAUCAACUACCUCCAGAAGGCCCUCGAGACCGAACGGCGGCAGUCGGAGAAGCUGCGUCAAGCUUUAGACGAUCUCAGCGAAGACAUAUCGCGCGAGGCUUACGGGCGUAGGCGAGAGAUCUCACUGAGGCUUGCAUUUCUCGGACGCGAGGAGAGCCUCGCGGAGAGUUUGCGAAGAUGGAUCAGGCGGCAGAGGGAGUCAUUCGGUAGGCUGAAGGCUGCGCAAGAGGGCCUUCCUCCAGGGGCGCAAGCCCUAUUUGACGGGAGCAUCCGCGACGCGGAGGCGUUGCUGGAGACUCUCAACGGCCAGCCGUCUGUGGAACCCGGCUCAAUGGGAUCUAUUGCGCGCAUCGUCGCGGCGCAGAACGUGGCCUCCGCCUUGGCACGCGAGUUGCAAAUGGAGACGGACCGGCGAAUGCAGCUCGAGCGUCGGCUGGCUCAGCGGCGCAUCUCGCGAUCCUCGACGCCUGCGGAGAUGCUGGAGGUACCAGCGGCACCGACUACGAAUGGAGAUGCAGGUGUGGCCAGACCUCUGCCCAUUCGAAGCGCCUCCCUUCGAGCCUCCAUAGUUGUUCCGCCCAAGGAUGCCGUGCCGGAACCAUCUCGGCAAGAGCCCACCAAGGAUACCCAGUCCACUACGCCUAAGCCUGCUCCGCAAAUUGUCGUCUCGGAGGAACGUGGAGUGCCCGCGCCAACCGCGGAAACGCGACUAUUACCUGUCGAGCUCCCAGCAGAGUCUACCUCUGAAGCUCCGAUACCGUCUAGCUCUGCAGCUGACGAAGCUGCUCCUUCCCCUGCUGCGACAGAACCUCCCUCUUUGGAGCCUCCUCCAGCCCCCGCCGUAACUAGCUUCGAUCUACUUCUGGAAGAUAGUGCCGCCACUGGAACUAGUCCUUUCACUGCAUCGGUCGUCGAAGUGCGAGCAGAGGCGCAGCCGGUGCUCGCAGAGGACAUGUUGUUCCAACCGCUAUCUGCGCCUGCGGUCAUAGUCACCAACACGACCAAGGUCGAGAAUGGACUGAAACCCCCCAAACCAGCACCUCCACCGAUCCCCAUUUCGACAGGUGUCGCGUUCCCCUCUGCAGGUGAGGGAGAGCAGUCGCCACCUGUAGUGGACAUGAUUUCGCUCCCCGCAUCCAUGCCAGAACGAUCAGACACGCCUCAGCCAUCGCUCUUGGCCGAGUUGAUGAGGGUCAAAGAACGGUAUGACGCGCUGCAGCGCGGCUUCCGCGACUGCCAUCUAGCUCUGCGAGACUUGAAGACUAAUCUAUCGUCUCUGGGGGCUACCUCAGAACUUGCCGUCAUCCUACAGAAGGCGGUUGAGCGGCUGGACGACUUCAACGAGGACGCUCGGGUGGAGCUGGAGAUCCGGAUUUCGGACGAGGCGAGGAUCACGUCGGGCUACGAGGCGCUGCUGACGAUCCCUGGCGCGAUGUCGGAUGAGGUUGACGAGGUGGCGAUGGAGGCGGAGAUGCGGGCGUUCGUAGAUGGCACAGACAAGGCGGUCAAGAAGGCGACGGAGGGAUUCAGCCGAAAGCUGGAUGACCUCCAGCACGACAUCGCAUCUGUGAAACGUGCAUCCCACGAGCUGACUGCUGCUGCGGUCGAAUCGCCUGUAGCGACGACACCCCCGCCUACGACAUCGCCCUCGUGGACCUCAUGGACGACGAGCCUCCUCAGUCCAUCGCAUUCUGCCAGUCCGGGGCCUGCACCUACCUUCGGGUCAGUGAUGACGUCCCCUCGUCUCCGGCAAACGUCCUUCUCGUCGCAUCCCAGGAAGGCCUCUGAUGAUUCCCCCAGUCCUAAUCACGACCCAUUCGCGAACCUGGAAUUGCGGAUAGCCAUGCCUGCCCACGUUAUGCCUGCGUACCCGUCGACGCCUCCGCGACCGGCGCAGAGACCUCGCGUCUCGUCGACGACGUACAUGCUAGGGCUGGGAGCACGGAGCACGUUCGGUCUGAACGCGAUGCCUGGGACGAAGUCGCCGCCCAGCCCGUUAGCUGAAAAGAAAGAAGAGAAUGCUGUUUCCGACGAGGACGAUUCGGGAUCGGAUGUUGAGUGAAGGAUGCUAUACAAUGUCUGCAGUACGAAGUUGUAUCUACGUAAUUUAUUGAACGCUUCUAGAAUCUAGAUGGACGAACACAGCCAACGGCUUUCUGAUCAGAAUCUGGGAGCGUUCGUCAAGCGUUC